ACCUGCCCCUUACUGUUUAAUAGCCUGCUGAUGUACUUUCAUAGUCAUCGCUUCAGAAACCUUGUGCCGUGUCAGAUUUUAAACUAGAAUACUUUCUUAUCCGAAGGGUUGUUGAAUCUACGAGUGGUGCAUUAACACGGGAACUGUGUAGCUAUGUCUGAUACAGAGGAAGUGGUGGAGGAGGAAGUGUUAGAGGAAGUUGAGGAGGAAUUCACUGAAGAAGUGCCUCCCCCUGAAGUGGAAGAACCUACACAAGAAGAUGAAGAACCAGAAGCUGAAGUAGAAGAACCAGAAGCUGAAGUAGAAGCCCCAGCUGAGGAGGAGGCCACAGAUGAGCUGAAACCAAAGCCGAAGAUGUUCAUGCAAAAUAUUACAGCUCCAAAGAUUCCAGAGGGAGAUAAAGUGGACUUUGAUGACAUUCACAGGAAGCGUCAGGAAAAGGAUUUUUCAGAACUGCAGUCCCUGAUCGAGGCUCACUUCAUCCAGAGGAAGAAGGAUGAGGAAGAGCUCAUUGCUCUGGUCAACAGGAUUGAUAAGCGCCGUACUGAGAGAGCGGAACAACACAGGAUCCGGGCAGAGAAAGAAAAGGAAAGACAGGCACGUCUGCAGGAGGAGAAGGAAAGAAGAGAGCUGGAAGAACAGAGGAAGAAACAAGAUGAGGAUGCCAAGAAGAAGAAGGCUCUCACCAACAUGACGCACCAGUAUGGAGGAAUACAACAGAAGAUGGAGGGUCGUAAAGGGGCAAAGAAACAGACUGAGAGGGAGAAGAAGAGAAAGAUCCUGGCUGAAAGGAGGAAGCCACUCAACAUCGACCAUCUGUCUGAGGAUAAAUUGAAAGAGAAAGCUAACGAGUUGUGGCAGUGGAUGAUGGAGCUGGAGGCUGAGAAGUUCGACCUCAGCGAGAAACUUAAGAGACAGAAAUACGAUAUGACUCUUCUCCAGGCCCGAAUCAAUGAACAGCAAAAGUUCGCCAAAGGUCGUGGCAAGGGCAAGGUUGGUGGCAGGCUGAGGUAAACCCCUGGGAAUUAAAGGCGCACCAGGAAUCCGGAAGAAGAUUUAAUCUGUGCCACAGAAACGCAUUCAGCAAUCGCACUGAACUAUUGUAUUGUUUGACAGCAUGUGUAGCUCAUAGAAAUACAUUAAAGAGAUCUUUUGUUGUACA